GGUUUGGGACGCGGCCGAACUCUUUUGUUCGCCGUAAAACGUAAAACUGCCGUGUGUGAUCGUGUCCUGUCGCAAAAUGCGGUGAAAACUCUCCACGACGUUCAUAAUGUGAUUAAGGUGUUUACAUGUCUGUAAUACACGUCCAUAAUGCGACUAAAACAGAAGUACUCCACCUGUCUUGAUUCGAUUAGAGCUUAAUUCGAUUAUGACCUUAAUUUGAUUAAGGUAAGUAAAAAUUGCUGUUUACAUGGUAGUUUCUUAAUCAAAGUAUGGCCUUAAUCGGAUUAAGAGUGGAUUAUUGUUGUCCAUGUGAACGCAGCUACUACUGAAAGGUACUGUUGUGGAAAUGGAGCACGCACUCUCCGGUUGCACUGAUGACAUAGCUCACAUGAAGACUACUAUAGAGUCUCUCACUGCGACCGUGACUCAAUUAGAGAAUAAAUGUGAGGAUUUGGAGUUGAGGUCACGGCGCAAUAACGUUAGGAUAGUGGGAGUUCCAGAGGGUGCUGACACAUGUACAACUGCUGCUGUAGCGGCCUUGUUAAAAGAGGUGUUUGGUCUGAAGAAGGAACCGGUUUUGGACCGGUCCCACUGGACCCUUCAGUCGAAGCCCAAGCCUGGUGAACGACCACGAGCUAUUGUGUGCAAAUUCCACUAUCACAGUGACUGUGUUGACAUUUUAUGCUGUGCAAGAGAGCUCCAGCGGAUUAAAGUGUGGGAUUUGACCAUCUCCGUUUUCCCUGACUACACAGCCAAGACAGCCCGGGCCCAGGCUGCAUUUAACGAGGUUUGGCAUCAACUUCGUGGUAUUGAGGGUGCACGCUAUGGAAUACUUCACCCAGCUCGGCUUCGCAUUACAUAUAACGGUGUUCAAAAGGACUUUAUUUCAGCGGAGGAAGCAGGAGAUUAUGUUAAACUCUUGAUAUCGGGGGGAACUGCAUCACCUAUACAGCGACGUCUUUUUCGCUCUCCUUUUAUUUUUUGCACUCUGCCUUCCAGCCCUACACUAUUCAGAUUUUUAUUGAAGAUAUUGUCACAUUACUUCACCUAGAUUUUGUGGACUCAUUCCUCUUAAAUGUACUUCUGUAUUAAUGUGGUUCUCUGUUUUGAUGCUCUGACUGGGUUAGAAUUUCUGUUUAUUUAAUUUUAUUAGUGUUUUUUCCUCGGCUUUACGUGCUACACUGUUAUAUUAUUUGUUAUAAGUCUUUAAAAGUUAAGGACAUUAUAUUUGUUAUUGUGCACAGACUGUUUAUCAGACUUGAAGUCAGUAGGGGCCUUUUCUCUUACUGGAACUUUUUGUUUUGGUAAUUUUGUUGGUUAGUUCAGCUUACUCUCCGAGUUGUUUUCACAUUGUGGACAACUUUUGGUUAUUUUGGGAAACACUGCUGUCUCCUUUGUUUUAUGGAGACUUUGGGUGUGUGUGUGUUUGGGGGAUUGAUGGGGGGAGGGGGAGGAGGUCCCACUUCGGCUCUAAUUGGCUAUUUAUAUCCCUUUGGUUUACUUUAUUUAAAUGGUUAGUAGUAAUAUGGAUCCCAGCAUAGCUGGGACAGGCACGCCUUUAAGAUUUAUUAGUUGGAACGUCAGAGGUAUGGGUAAACAUGUCAAGAGAUCUAAGGUUUUUACACAUUUAAAAUGUUUAAACUCCGAUAUAGUAUUUUUACAGGAGACUCACCUACAUAUUAAAGAUCAUCAUAGGUUACACUGCCCUUGGGUGAGUCCACUCGAGCUUUAAUUCGAAGGCAAGAGGGGUCGCUAUUUUAAUUGGCAAAAGGUCACAGUUUUCCUCCACUAACAUUAUUGCUGAUGUGAACGGUAGAUAUAUUAUAGUUGCCAGUACUCUAAUGCAAAGACAGGUGUUGUUGGUAAAUGUAUACGCUCCAAACUUUGAUGAUGUGGAAUUUGCUAAUAGAUUGUUGAGCAAUCUCCCUUUCUUAAAUACUCGCCUGUUGAUUUUCGGGGGAGAUUUGAACUGUGUUUUUGACCCAAACUUAGAUCGGUCUAAUCCCCGUACUCUGAAUCAAUCUGCUAUUUCUAAAACAUUUUCCGAUUUUAUGUGUCAGAAUGGUCUCAUUGAUCCCUGGAGAUCCCGUAACCCCUCUCUUAAAAAGUUUUCUUUCUUCUCCCAGGUGCAUCAUUCCUAUUCGAGGAUUGAUUAUUUUUUAUAGACAGCACUCUUGAUUCUUGUGUAGUUUCUUCUGACUAUCUGGGUAUUGUAAUUUCUUGGAGAUUUAAUUCUCUUCUUUUGGCAGACAGUGAAUUCUGUGAGUUCGUUUCCACUUCUAUUGAUGACUUUCUUUUCUUCAAUCAGAAUGACUCCACCUCUUAUUCAUUGUUAUGGGAGACACUUAAAUCCUAUAUCAGAGGGCAGAUUAUUUCUUACUCUGCUCUCUGUAAUAAAAAGCACACUGCUAGGGUUAAUCAGAGAUAUGCAUUGAACCCCUCUCCAUAACUUCUUAAACAGUGUCUCGACUUACAGGCAGAAUUUAAUCUUAUUUCGACUAAAGAGGCGGAACGCUUGUUGUUACGUACUCGUGGUUCAUACUAUGAACAUAGCGACAAGCCGAGUCGUUUACUGGCACAUCAGCUACGGCGACAGGCCACUUCCUGUCUCAUACCUAGUGUUAAAAACACUUAUAAUAUUGUCACUACAGAUCCCAUGGAAAUUAAUGCUACUUUUAAAUCGUUUUACUCUUUGCUUUAUAAAUCCGAAUUUCCUACAGACAGUACUAAAGUGAAUGCAUUUCUUCAAAACCUUUGUAACCCUGUUAUUGAUUCAAAUACUGCCAUGCAACUGGACUCCCCACUCUCUCUUGAAGAAAUUUUAAAUUCAGUUAAAACUAUGCAAUCUAACAAAGCUCCUGGCCCGGACGGGUUUCCAAUUGAAUUUUUUAAAAUGUUUAUUGGAAAAUUAGCUCCAUUGCUUUUGGCUAUGUUCAACAAAUCCUUGCAAUGUAGGUCUUUGCCUCCAACUCUGACACAAGCCACGAUAGCCCUCCUUCUUAAGGAGGGUAAGGAUCCAACCUCCUGUGGUUCUUAUAGACCGCUGUCUCUGCUUAAUGCAGAUGUAAAGGUGUUGGUGAAAGUAAUGGCAUCUCGUUUAGAGAAUGUACUCCCUUAUAUUAUAUCAGAAGAGUAGAACAGUUUUAUAAAGGGACGUCAAUUGUUUUUCAAUACCCGUACACUCUUUAAUAUAAUUUAUUUAAAGCAUUUGGCUGAGCUUCCUGAGAUUGUGAUUUCUUUAGAUGCUGGAAAAGCAUUUGAUAGGCUUGAGUGGGAGUAUUUGUUUGCAGUCUUGAGGAAGUUCGGAUUCGGGGAUAAGUUUAUAUCUUGGAUUAGCCUCCUUACUCACCCCCUAAAGCCAGGGUUCAGACAAACGAUAUUUAUUCGGAUUUUUUUAUUUUGCUCUCGGACGUGGGUGUCGCCAAGGCAGUCCUUUAUCCCCUUUGCUUUUUGCUGUCGCUAUCGGGCCUCUGUCUAUCGUAUUAAGAUCUUCUCCCUUGUUUAAAGUAGUAGUUCGAUAUGGUGUAGAAUACAAAUUGUCGCUAUAUGCUGAUGAUUUGUUAUUGUAUGUAACCGAUCCUAUUGCCUCUAUGCCUGCUGUCUUGGGUGUUCUGGAGUCCUUCGGUGUUGUCUCUGGUUAUAAAUUAAAUUUGGACAAAAGCAACUGUUUUCCCAUCAAUACUGCAGCAUUUUCUCUCCAACAGUCAGAUCUAUCUUUUUGAUUUAGUCAGUCAGGGUUUAAAUACCUAGGUAUCAACGUGACACGUUCUUUAUCUAAUCUUUUAUCAGCUAAUUUCACUCCCCUUAUCUCAAAGGUUAAAUCCAACAUUCAGAGUUGGGGUAACUUACCCCUUUCUCCAAUUGGCAGGAUCAAUGUCGUCAAAAUGAAUAUAUUACCGAAGUUUCUUUUCUUGUUCCAGCAAGUUCCUCUUUUUCUGCCAAAAUCAUUCUUUGAUUCAUUGGAUAAGGUAAUUAGUACUUUUAUUUGGGGUGGGAAGCCACCAAGGGUUAGUAAAUCUUUCUUGCAGAAAUGUAGACUGAGUGGAGGACUUGCAUUUCCCAAUUUUCAAUUCUAUUACUGGGCUGCGCACAUCCAUAAACUUUGCUACUGGGUUAAAUCUCCUGGAUCUUCUUGGUGUAAAUUGGAAGUAUCUUCUUGUAGGGAAUCCUCUUUACCUGCUGUACUUUAUUCCUCACUACCUACAAAACUCUCCCUAUGUACUGAUAAUCAAGUUGUCCUCAACACACUUGAGACUUGGUAUCAAUUUAGACGGCGCUUUAAAUUUGUAGGUGCAUCCUCUUUGGGUCCUUUAGACAACAGCCACCUAUUUCCUCCAUCGUGUUUGGACUCUACAUUUUAGUGUGGGAUGACAAGGGCAUUAAACAAGUUAGAAAUCUGUAUGCCGAUGGUGUCUUUGAUAGCUUUGCCAAUCUGUCAUCUACUUAUGACCUCCCUGUGACGCAUCUCUUUUCGUUAUUUUCAAAUUCGGAAUUUCGUUUCUAGAUGUUUUCCUAAUUUCCCCUUUGCGCCUCCUGAACAGGCUUGGGAAAGCUUGUUUUCAAACAAUCCACAUCAGAGAGGAAUGAUGUCUAGGAUUUAUGAUUUUAUUCUGGUGCUAGGUAGUGAGGCAAGCACCAAAAUUAAGAAUGCGUGGGAAACAGAGUUAGGAGUACAGAUAAGUGAAGAGUGUUGGGAACGUGCUAUAGGGAGGGUAUAGUCUACCACUUCUUGUGCUCGUCUUGGACUUAUCCACUUCAAAGUUUUACACAGAGUCCAUCUGUCCAAGUCGAGACUUUCUGUAAUAUAUCCGGACGUAGAGGACAAGUGUGAUAAAUGCCAUGGCUCUCCCUGUUAUCUUGGCCAUAUGUUUUUCUUCUGCCCUGAUCUCCAUGGUUUUUGGUCUGGUUUCUUUACCAUCAUGUCCACUAUUCUCAGAGUAGACUUAAAACCUUGCCCAUUGAUUGCUGUAUUUGGGAUUCCUGAUGCCUCGGUUCCAUUGAGCUCGACACAAAAGGAUGUUAUCGCGUUCACAUCCCUUAUAGCAAAAUGUUCCCUACUGUUGCAUUGUAAGUCUGCUAAAUAUCCAUCUAUCUCCCAGUGGCUAAAGGACGUGAUGUUUUUUUUAAAACUCGAGAAAAUAAGGUAUACGAUGAGGGGUUGUACUAACAAGUUUUUUUUUUUUUAUAAAUGGCAACCUUUUAUUGCAUAUUUUAUGGAGUUAGACAUUUCCCACUUAAAUUUUUGUGCCUGUUGUUGGGUUCUACAAUAUCUAUAUAACCAGCAAUAGUUAUUGGUUAGCCAUGAUGAGUCGGGGUAGGGGGGUGAGUUUGUUUUCGGUGUUUGUACUUUUUAAUUUUGUUUUCCUUUGUUAGUAUAAAAAGAAAAAAAACUGUGAAUGAUUGUUGCUGUGUGUCAGUCGGUUUGUUUUUCUUCUCAAUAAAACUUUAUUGGGGGGAAAAAAGAUUUUGGCGCCUGUUCAAAUGAUUUUAUAAAGAAAAAGAGGCAAAGGCAGAUCAUUUGCGGCCUCUCACGUCCUGAACACGUGAGUUGUGGGUUUGAGAGAUUGAGUGUGUCAUAGCUCGAGUGUGUGUAAAUUAUGUGAUGAAAAAUGUCUACUUUUACCUUCUCUACUAUGAGCCAGCCCCCACCCCACAGCACAAACCAUUUAUUUCUCGUCUCUGUUCCUCUCCCCAUUGCAGACCUUUGCCCUAGAGCUUGCCUCAUUUCUGCUAAAUAUUUACCUGCUUUUUCAUGUGUCUGGUGUGUGUGUGUGUGUGUGUGUGUGUGUGUGUGUGUGAGAACUCAGCUCUGCUACAGUGCUCGUGUUCAAGAGGAUAAGCUGCCACAAAAUGUCCGACAGUCUCCGGCUUUUAGUGAAAAAUGCCAAACAGGUGGUUAUGGUGUGUAAAAACGGGGAGAACUUUCUGACCAAAGAUGGGAUGCAGAAUUUGGCGGUUCUUGAGAAUGCAAGCGUGGUCAUUGGACAUAAUGGACUUAUCGAAGCCGUGGGACCUGCAGACUCCAUCGAGUCCCGCUUCAGAGAAGCUGUAUUUGAUCACGUUUUGGAUGCUACUGGCAUGUGUGUUCUUCCUGGUUUGGUUGACGCACACACUCAUCCGGUUUGGGCUGGGGACAGAGUACAUGAGUUUGCAAUGAAGUUAGCUGGAGCCACAUACAUGCAGGUGCAUGAGGCCGGUGGGGGCAUUCACUUUACAGUGACACACACACGUGCAACAAAUCCAGAAACUCUGCUGCAAGGGCUGAAAGGCCGUCUAGAGCGCAUGCUGAGAGCUGGAACUACACUGGUGGAGUGUAAGAGCGGUUAUGGACUGGAGCUCAAUACCGAGCUCAAAAUGUUGAAUGUUAUAGAUGCAGCCAGGAAGACCAUGCCUAUUGGGAUAUCCUCAACAUACUGCGGUGCACAUGCAGUGGCCAGAGGUAAGACUAUGGAGGAGGCGACUGAGGACAUUCUCUCAGUGCAGCUGCCUGCUGUACAAAAGCAGAUUUCUGCUGGCAACCUGCAGGUAGACAAUAUUGACGUGUUCUGUGAGAAAGGAGUUUUUGAUCUGAAUUCCACACGCCAAAUUCUCCAGGCUGGGAAGGACAUGGGUCUCAACAUCAACUUUCAUGGAGAUGAACUGCAUCCUAUGAACUCUGCACAGCUUGGGGCAGAGCUUGGUGCUUUAGCCAUAAGUCACCUGGAGGAAGUGACUGAUGAGGGCAUUGCUGCCAUGGCAAGAGCAAAAACAUGUGCUGUUCUGCUGCCUACCACUGCCUACAUUCUCAGGCUUCCAUGUCCUCGGGCCAGAGAUAUGCUUGAUGCUGGAGUUAUUGUAGCACUUGGGAGUGACUUUAAUCCCAAUGCUUACUGUUGCUCAAUGCCUAUGGUGAUGCACUUGGCCUGUGUGGCGUUGAAAAUGUCGAUGCCUGAAGCUCUGGCAGCUGCCACAAUAAACGCAGCCUACGCGUUAAAUCACUCACAGUCACAUGGAUCUCUGGAGCCUGGCAAACAAGGAGAUCUUCUCAUCAUUAAUGCCCCACGGUGGGAGCAUCUUAUCUACCAGUUUGGAAGCCAUCAGGAGCUGGUGAGAUUUGUUAUCAUCAAAGGCAACAUUGUUUAUGAAAAUGACAAGGUCUUGGACCUCUGAAUGUAGAAACAUUCUUUUAUUUCAAAGAGCUGCUGAUAAUCAACAGUUUAUGUGAAGACAUUUACGGCUGUUAUUAAGGUGCUAUGAAGUCAGACAUUACAAUACAAACUCCCUGAUCAAAAAAAAAAAUAGACACAUGACUUUUUUUUGUAGAGGGGGCUUUCAGUGAAGAUAUAAAUUAUAUUAUAUAAUUUAAAUAACGAUACAAAAUGACUCUAAAAUAUAUGUAGUAUACAAAGGCAUAUGAGUUUGUCUGAAAUAAAAAAGUAGCUUAAAAAAAGGUAGCUUAGAAGUAGUCCAAUAACACCUCAGGUCAUUUUUGCCAUUGGUUUGUACUUUACAGACAUUAGCAAUAUCACUGUUAAGUCAGUAGACAGCAAGCUGUGCAAAAAUGUGGCGGAUUAUUCCACACUUUUCUGUUUUCAACAGAAAACAGAAUCAAUACUUAUAAUUUUUUUUAAAAUCACAUUUAUUUGAUCUACAUUUAUAUAUAUAUACACACAUUUUGAAUGAAACUGCUGGAUUUGAGAAUACUACACACGCAUACAGGAAAAGCUUGUCGUUCAAGAAUAAAACAUUUAUAUUUUAUAUAGUUACAAAACCAAGAAUGUCCAGUACAAAAAAGCAGAAAUGUAUGUGUGAUGCACUGGCUCUGUGCAAUAAAUAAAUUCAAUAAAAAGAAAUCUCA